AUGGGCCCCCGUACCGCCUCCUCACGCUACUGCCAGGCCCCUAAUCUGCCAUGGGCCCCUGUACCGCCUCCUCACGCUGCUGCAAGGUCCACAGUGUCUCAUGGGUCCCUGUACGGCCUCCCAUUGCUGCUGUCUCCAACGCCACACUCUGCCAUGUGUCACUUUCAGGUCUCCUCACACUCCUGCUGGGUUCCAUUUUGUCAUAGGAUGCUGCAGAUUACAGGCUCACAUUUGCUGCGGCCAGGCCCUAAUCUGCCAUGGGCCCCCUGUACCGCUUUCCUCACGCUGCUGCAAAGUCCACAGUGUCUCAUGGGUCCCUGUACGGCCUCCCACAUUGCUGCUGUCUCCAACGCCACACUCUUGCCAUGUGUCACUUUCAGGUCUCCUCACACUCCUGCUGGGUUCCAUUUUGUCUCAUAGGAU